UUAGAGCUGAUCGAGAGUCGAGUGUUGACAUUGGUCUAUGGUGAUAGUGUACUUUCGUUGUGUCUUUCUCAAGCACGUCUAUUGCUCGAUCGGAUGUUCGAUGUUCGUGCACGUCUUUGCAAUGAUGCACAUCCUGAAGCGAGCACUCAUAACCGAUCCAAUUAUCUCGAGAUUGUUGCCCUUGCGCUUAUAAACCUAUGCGAAUGGGACGUGAGUGUACGUGCGACAGCAUAUCGCCUGCUGUGUUCCGUUUGUGUGGCACUGAACGUUCCUAUUGCGGCACGACUUCAUGUUUGUCUUCUUCAAAAGCAUAAUUACCAAUUCAUUUCAUUGAAGAGUGCGAGUGGGACUUCAGAUCACAAAGAGCCGUGUAACGGAAGAAAUACGUUCUUCUCAAUGUGUCAUACAAAUUUUGCAACAACUGAUUGA